AUGAGUUACCUGUUCUCCGGCAGUGAUCUGUUGAGCCUCCCUCAGAUAACAUCGCACUUCACACUGCUGUCCAGAUUACACCCUAGUCCUGUGACAUUCGGGGAAGCGAAUGCGUGCGACUACCUGUUGCCAGCCGCGAUCUGUGCUCUGAGCUCUCUCACAGACUACACAGCAGUCAUUACAUAUCCAAUUCCGAGUCCUCAGCUACAGCCGGACGUGUUCUCUCAACACAGCUUUGCUCUUUGUCUGGCUGACAGCGUGACAUCUCAAGACGUCCUACUGCUACAUCGACUCGAUUGA